UUGGCAUGCAACCCAUUACUAAAAUUCAACCCUUCUCGCCUAUAUCUCUUUGCGCACAAGAAAUCCAAGUUUCAGAGCUCCCAUAACAACUAACAAGAGAAGAAGAGAAGAACUAGAGAGAGAGAGAGAGAAAUGGCGAAGGCACGUACAAUUGGGAUAGGAAUGGACUACUCUCCGAGCAGCAAGACAGCCCUCAAGUGGGCUGUGGAUAAUCUGGUGGAGAAUGGAGACAAACUUGUCGUAAUCCAUGUGCAGUCUCCUAAGUCUGAUCCUGCCCAAAAGAAGCUUUGGGAAGAAACUGGAUCACCUUUGAUUCCUCUGGGGGAGUUUAAAGAGAUGAAUUUGUCAAAGCAGUAUGGACUUACUCGGGAUCCUGAUGUUCUUGAUCUUCUUGAUUCUGCCUCAGCAGCUGAAGGGGCUACAGUGCUUUGCAAGGUCUACUGGGGUGAUCCAAGGGAGAAGCUGUUAGAUGCAGUUGAAGGUCUCAAGCUUGACUCGCUUGUGGUUGGAAGCAGGGGAUUAGGGGCAAUUAAAAGGGUUUUGCUUGGAAGUGUAAGCAACUAUGUGGUGACAAAUGCAACAUGUCCGGUCACAGUUGUAAAGGGGAUACCAGUGACUAAACCCUAAUUUCUUUUUAGAGAGCUGGCUUCCAGGUGAAAGGGAAAGCUGCUGCCUGCCUGUUUGUGGAUUGUGAAAGCUUUGUUGGUUCACAGAUGAUAGAAAUGUAGAUUCUAAGGAAUGCUUUUAUUUCUGAGUGGUUUUCUUUUGAUUUCUUUAGAGCAGCUUUUGAUUUGAAUAGCAAUGUAAUUGGAAGAUGGGACAUGCUUGGCUUUUCUACACUGUUCAAAUUUUUUUAGUAGUAGCUUCUCUCUUGUUCUUAUU